GUUUGUUGUGUCCAGUGGCUUUCCUCUAAGCUACCCAUGCGCUAAAAACCAAAAUGGCGGCAAAACUUUACAAAUUCAAGUAAAGACUCCAGGAAAGGAUAUUAUACAUCAUGGCGCAAAUUCGAGAGACCAUUGAAGCACUUUGCUCCGUUUUAAAUAGCAACUGCCCUACCAAAGUAUCCGCAGAGUGUUUUCGUUUGGCAAAGUUCAACAAAGAGGAAGCAACGGAGUCGUUAUGGUCGACUCUGUUCACAGUUCUUUGCACAGAAAAUUUGACCAAACCCAUCGAUAAAAGCAACCAAAGCGUAGUGGCGUUCUGUAAGCAUAAAAUGUUUCACAAAGGUUAUCGAUUAAACGAGUUCUUUCGGCUUCCAGAUGACAUGUCUCGUGGCAGCAGAGAAUUGAUGUUGGCUUUGGGAUGGUUGAUUGCUAGAGAAGAUGUUGUGUCCUCUUUCAUUAACAAACUUGAACCUUUGGUUUUUGAAGAUCCACCCGUGGACUUGUCUUUGUAUGAUAAAAUUCCUCUACCUGCUGCACUUGAUGUCUUCAGAGGACAAACAAACAAAGAAAAUGGCGACAGAACAGUUGAUCUUGCUGAGUGUUUAAUACUACAUUACAAUAAAUUAAACUCCUCCUUGAAGAAUCUUCUGGGUUCAAUGAACGAAUACACAAACAUUAUGUACAAAUUGCAUUCAGUUUCAAAAACGUCCAAAUCUCAAACGUCAUGUCAUUUCUCAUCUCAAGAUGUUUACUUUUUGCGUUAUCCUCAUGAACUAGUGAAAUACCAAGAGAAGCUAGAGUGGUUUUGCAACUAUGCUAAAGAUCUUGUUUGCUGGUCUGUGAAUGAACUUACAUUCUGGAAGUGGAUGGAAAGUGUAUUGGAUGGAAAAAUUUUAGACAAUGCUGAAGAAGACACUGCACAGUGUGAUAGUCAUGAACAGGCUCCACAGUUUAAGCCAAACAAGGAUUUGCAAAUUGCUAAAGAACAUCAGGUUAGACUUUCUCAAAUAUUGAAUACUCAGGAGCCAACAUACAGACAAGUUUCUAAAAUGUGGAAGAAGAUCAAAGCAAGUCUACAGUCUUGUGAAGAAGGACGUGCUAAUCUCUCAGAUGCCUUAUCUUUACUUGACAGCAAGCUUUUGUCUGAAAUAAAGGAACUUCAGAAAGAUUUAUCAAACCGUCGAGAAAAGUGCAGGGAUUUGAAACCAAAACGAGUUUCUGUUUGCAUUAAGAAAUUGACUGACAGGGAUUCUUGUAAGCCUGGAAGGACAUCCAGAGAGCCUGUUAAUAAGUCUAUGGCUUCGGAGCAAAUUUUGAGGUUAAGGCAAGUGAGAGAAACACUUGAAAUCAAACUCAGCAGCUUAGAAGAAAUACAUAAGGAAAAACUGUUGCAGCUUUCCCAGGCUCGUGAAGACCUUGUUUGUAUUUCACCAGGUAUGAGAGGCAAUAUAAUAUAAACUUGAUAGAUUCACUAGUAGUAAGGGAGGGGUGGAUAGGUGAGUAU